GUGAUUUUUACUGGGUGGCAACCUUUGCAACAGUGAACGCGUGCUGUGUGUGUUUUUUUUUGUAUAGACGAGCAAUAUUUAUUUAUUUACCUCGAGAUAAAGUGUAUUUUAGUUGGCGCAUGUCCGAAACAAACUGCGCAGCAUGGACUCCAAAUACAUGAUAAACAGCAAUGGGAACUCGGGAUUGGCCUCGGUAUUCCCAGUGAAACGUAAAAUAGAGCCAAUGAAAGAGCAGAAUGCGAUUAAGAAGCCAAAUUACACACCGCCAAAGCAACAGCAAUCGCCGUACAAAAACAAUGUGUUGGCCAACAACAAGAGGAACAGCAUUGACCAGGAUCGAAAGGCGCUUCCCGUUUACAAUUGCCGACAGCGCAUCUUAAAGGAAGUGGAGGCGAAUGACACGUUACUGAUAAUGGGCGAAACGGGUUCCGGCAAGACGACACAAAUACCACAGUUCCUGUUGCAAGCCGGAUAUGCAAGCAAUGGCAUCAUUGGGAUUACCCAGCCACGUCGUGUGGCAGCCAUCACGAUAGCGAAGCGUGUGGCACAGGAAUUGUCGAGCAACAUUGGCGACACGGUCGGCUAUACCGUGCGUUUCGAGGACACGACAACGGAACGCACACGGAUCCGGUAUUUAACGGAUGGCAUCCUGUUGAGGGAGGCAAUUGGAGAUCGUUUGCUGCGGAAAUAUGCGGCAAUUAUGCUGGAUGAGGCGCACGAGCGGACGGUAAAUGCGGAUGUCCUGUUUGGCAUUGUGAAGGAGGCGCAACAGGAGCGCAGGAAACACAAGAUGCCCAAACUGAAGAUAAUUAUUACCUCGGCCACCAUGGACAUUGAUCAUUUUGGCAGUUAUUUUAAUGUGAAAGGCAUGUACCUGGAGGGACGCACACAUCCCGUGCGUGUCAUGCAUGCCAAGGAGCCCCAGGAUGAUUAUAUCCACGCAGCUCUGGUCACACUCUUUGAUAUACAUCGCCAUGAGCCCAUCAAUCAUGAUGUGCUCAUCUUUCUCACCGGCCAGGAGGAAAUCGAAGCACUCGCCCAACAAAUCCGUCAACUGGCGAGGAUCAACAACUCGGGACCCUCCGAUGUCCGUGUCUUCACACUGUACGCUCAGCUGGCCCAAGGCAAACAAUUGGAAUGCUUUCUGCCGGUGCCGGCAAAUACCCGUAAAAUUGUGCUGGCCACAAACAUUGCCGAGACGUCAAUUACCAUACCGGGCAUACGUUGUGUCAUUGACUGUGGCUACGUCAAGGAGAAAUCCUUUAAUCCCAGCUCCGGUUUAGAUAUUUUGAAAACCGUACGCAUCUCCCAGGCCCAAGCAUGGCAGAGAAGUGGACGUGCUGGUCGCGAUGCACCUGGAAAAUGCUAUCGCACAUAUACGAAAAACAGUAUGGAGUUCUUUCGCGUCGCCGCCCAGCCAGAGAUCCUACGUGCCAAUCUGACAUCAACGGUGUUGCAGCUACUCGCGCUGGGCAUCGAUUGCACCAGCUUUGAUUUCAUUGAUCCGCCCCAGCAAGAGGGUGUCCAGGCCGCAUACAAGGCAUUGGAGCAGUUGGGCGCCAUCAAAUCCGCCACGGUGCCCAGCAUUACCAGCUCGGGGCGUUUGAUGGCACAGUAUCCACUAGAUCCCAGAUAUGCCAAAUUGUUACUCUCAGCGCCAACAUUCGGUUGUAUGGAGGAAAUGCUCAGCUUGGUGGCGGCUCUCUCCAGCGAUAAUGUAUUCAUUGGCCAUGCCGACAAGAGCGAAUUGGCCGCCUUGGCGCAUGCCAAGUUCCAGUCCAAACACGGCGAUCAUCUGACACUGCUCAAUGUCUUUACGACCUUCCAGAAGACCGAGAAGCCAAAGAUCUGGUGCCACGACAACUUUCUCAACAUUAGAAAUCUAACUUAUGCCCGCAAUGUGCGAAAUCAGCUGGCGGAGAUUAGCUCUAGAGUUGGUCUAGUCUCCAACAGCUGUGGCGAUAACUCGGAUGCGGUCAAGAAAUGCCUGUUGACGGGUCUAUUCGAUAAUAUUGCAAUGCUGCAAAAAGAGGGACACUACUUGACUCUGAGUGGACGUGUCAAGGCCAAAAUCCAUCCAUCCAGUGUGCUCCAUGGCAAAUACAAGCCACAGUGCAUCCUCUUCACCGAAAUGGUUAAAACCGAACACAAUUUUCUACGUCAGGUGACUGAGAUUAGCAUAGAAUGGAUUGAAGAAGUUGUGCCAUCCAUGAAGUAUAUUAUUAAAUAAUAACAAAAAAUGGGAAAGGAUUUAAAGAAUUGAAAAGCUUUUGUUCUUAUGUAUAUAUGGAAAAGUAAUAUACUAAUCCGACACUGCCCAGUUUCGAUAUAAAGCGUUUCUUCACAAUAGAUUGGAUGCCAACAAGCUCAGAUCGUUGGGGUUGAUUUCUUGUUCAAAUUUUGAGGAAUCAUACAUAAGAAAGACUCAAUUUCUUCUUUAACUUAAGUCAAAUAUUAAAUAUAACCGACUUUUUAUAUGAAUUGCUCUAGUUCUUAAACAUUUUUUUAUGUAGCUGUGUUCGAUUCUCUAGUUAAAAAAGUUACAAAGAACGAAAAAUUAAUAAACGAAAUAUGAUAACCA